UAAACUGGAAAGUUCAUUUGAAAUUCCCUGAAGAAGCAAAACUCUCUGUUGAGGCUAAAGAUCUCAUUCGUAAACUCCUUUGUAAUGUUGAAAGGAGGCUUGGAACCAGAGGAGCUCAUGAAAUCAAAGCUCAUCCAUGGUUUGAGGGCAGUGAAUGGGACAGAUUGUAUCAGAUGGAAGCUGCUUUUAUACCGGAAGUCACUGAUGAGUUGGAUACACAGAACUUCGAAAAAUUUGAAGAGAUGGGGGCUCCUGUUAAAACCUCAUCAAAAUCCGGCCCAUGGAGAAAGAUGAUUUCUUCCAAGGACACGAAUUUUGUUGGCUAUACAUAUAAGAAUUUUGAGAUUGUCAACGAACAUCAUGCGUCUGGCAUAGCUGAAUUGAAGAAAAAGACCAAGACUCCAAAGAAACCAACUAUCAAGUCGUUGUUUGAUAUGCCUGAUAUCCCAGAUGAUCCAGCUGAAGAGAGCCCUGGAUCAUUGCCUCAAAGCACUACACAUAAACAGAACAUUCUUCGUAGAUACCACAAAUAGUAUAAAUACAGUAAUUUUCCGGCAAAAAAAAAAAAGGAGAAUGUGAAGCUGAAAGUCUUGCUACAGAACCGUAAAGAAUUACAGCUCGUGCCUGAGAACUUGAGCGAGUAAUUGCGAAAUCUUGGAUUGCAUAGAAUUUGCCGGACUAACUCCAAUCUCUAAAAGUACGAAGGCUACAGAUUGAUGACUUCGCUGCCGAAAGUUUGAUCUGUACGCACUUACGCGGUAAAGUAUCGUUUAAAAAUUCUCGUCAAGAUGCUGUAAAGCUAUACUUUGAGGUCAUUCUGCUAACCCCCCUAUGGAUUCUCCUUUUGGUAUAGUCCAUUGAAAGCAUACUCCAUACUUCAAUGUUCUUGGUUGGUGGUCUGAUUAGUUAAUCAAGAGUAGUAGCUAACCGCCCAAUAAAGCUGCAUAUUCAGGAAUUGUAGAAACCAAUCUAACUUUAUAUACCAUUCGUAUCAUAAAUUCAUUUGUUCUGUCUGUAAUGGUGCUUUAAAUUCAUUGGAAAAGUUCUUGAAAAAAUAAUCUUUUGUUACUAAGAA